AAUUGGUUAAAAGAUAUUGAGAUGAGAUCGCACCAAGUCUUUCAAUUAGAGAAAGACCAUGACCGACGUGGCUUGCAAAUUUUCAUUACGUGGCCUGUCAAAGACCUCCAUGUGGAGGCUCAAAUGAAACUCGAUGGGGAGGCUCAAGUCUAGGGUUCACUUUGAUCAUAAUUAAAGCCCUAAAUUACCAAUUGAUCAAAAAAAAAUUCUGAAAUCUACUCAAAUUGCGGAGAAAAUCGCGGGCUUUUGAAUUCAGAAUUCGGAUUCUGCUAUACCAACAUCUCAAAUAGUUGAUUCGUCUUGCAACCAUGACUGAGUGGGUUGGCCAGAGGAAAAAAAGGUGUGACGUGUGCAACAUCUUCAUAUCCAAUAAUUCUCCCAUCAUCAAGAUACAUGAGCAAAGCUUACGUCACAGAGAAAAUGUUAAGAAGCUGUCUAACAUGACAGAAAAGAAAGAUGCUAAAGAGAAAGACAAAAAGAAAACUACCCGUGUUCUCAAACAAGUUGAAGAGAAAGCGAGUCAUAGUUAUCAAAAUGACAUAUCAACCUUAAAGGCCAGAGAUUCUGAUGCAACUUCAUUAGCUGCUCAAACAAGUAGAGAAGGGAUAGGUGAUCAAUUUACAAUGUAUGGAGAAUGGGAGUAUGACACCUCAGCAGGUUAUUUCUACAACCAAACUAACGGUUGUUAUUAUGAUCCAAAGUCGGGCUUCUUCUACACAAAUGCUUUAGGUAAGUGGGCAACACUGAAAGAGGUUCUUGCUGCUGCAACAAAACUUUCUUCACAAAAGAAACCCAAUCUUGCCACAUCCAAAUCUCCUUUCCAAAAUGGUCAACAUGAGAAAGAUAAUGUCACCAAGUCCAAGAAGCCGUCUAACAUGGUAGAAAAGAAAGUUGCUAAAAAGAAAACAUCCCGUGUUCUCACACUCGCACAAAUUGAAGAGAAAGAGAGUAAUGCAACUUCAUUAGCUGCUCAAACAAGCAGUGAAGGGAUAGGUGAUUGUGGUUGUCAUCUCUCUACAAUGUUUGGAGAAAAAACGUGUUAUCCGAUAGACUUGAUGCGAAUGCUAGAUGAUCAUGAUUGGGAGCAUGACAACUCAUAUGGUUAUUACUACAACCAAACUAACGGUUGCUAUUAUGAUCCAAAGUCCGGCCUCUACUACCCCCAUGAUUUAGGUAAGUGGGUAACACUGAAAGAAGCUCUGGCUGCUACACCCAAACUGGCUUCCAAAAGUCAACCCUCAUCAUCUGUACAUAUAAAGAAGAGAAAACAACCAGAUUCCAAGCCAAAACUGGUGUCUGAAGAGGAAGAGGCUGCAAUUAAAGCGUGUGAGGUAGAAAGGAAGAGAGUAGAGGAGAGGGAGAAAUUUGGUAAACUCCCAAUUAGAUUCACUUACACAAGGAAGAAGAGGAAAGACUGACUGACCUCAAUGUAAUUUAUUUGGUUAACAAGGGUAAUAUUGUUGUCUGUUAUGUAUUUUUACAGUUAGGUUGGUAUAAAUAGUUAGUUGGCAUCUUUUGACAAAAUCAGUUAGAGUUGAAAUCUGGGAAGUACUGGCCCAGAUUUUUGUGUGUAGUCAUUCCAUUUCCAGUUCAACGUUCCAUUCGAGUCAUUUCUAUCUGUUCUUAAUGUUACCGUACACAAAAUAUUCACUCUCGUCUUUAUAACUUAUAAGCAGUGAUGUAUUUUUUAUUGUGUAAUGUUAUGUCAUGUCAUGU